GAAAUUGAAACGUUGUACUCACCGACUCCUACACUUUCUCUAUAUAAAACAUGUUAAUCUUCCUGCGAAAAUCCAUUAUCCAUUGGAGAUGAUUCGCUGCAAAACUAGUCGGAAUAUCGCAUAGUUUCCGCAUAGUUUCCUCUAAAUAUCCCGAUUUGAUCGGCGUGAGGGUUUAUCGGUGUUGGUAUAAAUCCGAUUUUCGAUUCCAGAUGGUCCGAUCACCAUGGGCUGAUUUUAGGUGGAUUUUUGGUUUUCUGGUUUUCUCCGGUUAUCUUAGGGAGGAUCGGGAGUUUCUCUACAUCUAGAUCUUUGAUUAUAGGUGUUGUAUUGGUUUGUGGAGUUGUGGAGUAGGCUUUAAGGUGCUGGUUUGGAAGAGCAUCGAUCAUGUCUUCGGUGCUCGGGGAGUUCCUUCUUGGGCGUGCGAUGAUGAUUCCUUCGGCUACUUCGUUUCAUGGUGGUUCUUGCUCUCAUCGUUUCAAACACCUUGAGAAGUGGAAUCGGCGUGGUAAUUUGAGUUGAUAUUCGGCCCAAGAAUGGAUUUCUUGUUAUUGUAGGGCUUCUUUUUCUUGAUCUUCUACGAUUUUUCUUCAUCUUUCCGUUUCUUGAUCUGAUCUUGGUAAAAAAAACCCAGAAUUAUAGACGCUAGAGAUUGAGGUAUCUCACUCCCUUCAUUUCUUUGGUGGGUCGACGCGGUGGUGGAAGUUGGUCGCGAUCGUUGUUGCCUUCUCUUUAUUUGAUUGCAUCGGGGUUGUUCUUUAGGAGCUCUUGGUACUUGAUUCUUAUCCAGUAUUUGAUAUCAUCUUUAUCGUGGGCUUGUCGUUUACCUUCUCACUUCGUACUCUCCCGAAGUUUCAAUUUCUCUCUACCACUACAAGCUUCCUUGGGUUGGACACGAUAUCAUCACUAUCAAUGGAUUUGUCUGUUUCUUGUGGUGUCUCUGAUCUGGAGUGCGGUAGUAUUCAUCUCUUAAAGCAGUCAGGUGUAAAUCAUAAGCGAAGUGUUUCCACCGAUGGAGAUGAUUCUGUGGCAGAUCUUGGGGAUGCACUUACUGAGAUCUUACAUAUUCAAGAUGGUCAUGAAUCAUUGCUGGGACAAUUGGAAUCAUUAAACAGGGGUGAAACAUGCCAUCCAGAGGCUAAAAUGUGCAGAGACUGGAUAAUUGAACUAGCUGACUCUGUGACUGGGUCAAUUCAGAAGGGCUUGACAAAGUCUGCAACAUUUCCAUGCUCUAAGAUGGAUACAUCAGUUGAUGAGAAAACAGAGAUGCCUGGUAUUGGGUCGAAUGGACAGAGCUCUUCCGACUCGAGGCCAGCCUGCACGAGAUCCAUAUCUCUGCCUACUCCUUCAAAGCUUUUGUCUGCCAUGAAAGGUAGCCGGGAGAAGCAGGGAGCAUCUUUGAGGAAGCUGACGGUGAAAUGGGCUCCUGAUGUCUAUGAUCCACCUUCCACAACUCUUUCGCACACAGUGAAAAGCCACAACCAGCAACGCUCAAGGACCAACAAAAAGAAUAGCAAGCACAAACACAAAGGCAAAUCUUCACGAGGGUGCACUAGUGAGAAGAAGCAAUACAGAAGAACUGUUUCUAACUCAGACCUGCGUUCAAAAUCGAUGGCCAGCAGAGAUAGGCUGCUUUUUGGUGGUUUUGAUCAGUCGACUGUGGGGCUUCUUGGUGGUUUUGAUAAGUCGACCAUGGAGUGUGUGGAAUUUGUCACCGGCCAAGAUUCCAAUUGCGGUAGCAGCUUCCUGAGGGCAUCGCUGGCGAAGGUGCAUAUGCCAGUGGCGGAAGCUACAUAAAGAAAGGGAUAUAUAUAUAUAUAUAUAUAUCCUCUGGUCUCAACAUGGUCUCUGGUUACGUAGCAAGUUAUUGUUUCAUGCGGAUAAAAUAGAUUUGUGAGGCUUUUAUAAAUAAAUUUCUGAGACUUGACAAGGGUGGCUGUUGCAGUGUUCAGGGACGUUUACGAAACAUAUUGGUUGUUUUUGUGCUUUUCUGUACGUGGUUGUGUUGGUUCCUAAGCCUUUUAAUCAUGAUUGUGUACCUUGUUCUUAGCAAAAAUGAUAUUUAAAUUUUUAAAAGCUAAA